GUCGCAUCUUUGCUGGAAAAUUGUGUGAGUCACUCACUGCAUUCGUGGCAGACCAUCCAUGGCAUGCGCGAGUGACUCGCAUCGCAUGGCCUCCAUCCAUCCUGUCGCCCCUACUAGAAGAACGUAUGCACUCACUGCACACCAUCAUACAACCAACCAACCGCUGUACACACACCGCACAUGCACGCCACGCACACUCGUGGACGGACGGACGCGAUCCGACGAUAAACGCACACACGCACCGCACCGCUGAUUGGUCGAUUGGAUAAAGCUACACACACGCGGCUGCACUGGACUGACCGCAUCCCAUCUCGUGCCGUGGAUGGACUCUUGAUCGAUCUACUCGGCAUGGUGCUGUGAGAGGAAGGCAUGCACCUGCGCCACCAGCGACUGCUCGCCAGCGCGGGAUGCCUCGUCCCUAAAACACACACACACACACACACAUACACACACACAGAGGGAGACAGCGUCAGUCAGCUUGUCCAGGCAGGUAAGUAAGGUACUCACUCACUCACUCACUGACCUGAUGUGGAGUAGGUCUUGUAGGCUCCCCAGUCUGCAGGCCAGGUGGAAGGCCAGGCCCAGCUGCCCCAGCAGCACAUACGCGUCCAGCCUGUGCCGGUCGUCCUGGAUCAAAUGCACCAACUGGGCUGCCAGCUGAACCUAUGUAUGACAUACACACACACCACAAAGGAAAGAAGCACACACAGACAGAGACUAUCGAAUUGGCGGUCCCUCCCUCAGACACUCCCCGACUGACUGACCGACCUGUGUGGGGUCCUUGUGUCUGUGUUCGACGACCCAUAUGUUGAUGAUAUUGACCACCAGGGCGUCCCACUCGAAGGCAGGCAGCCGGUUCGACACCGCACUGAGGAACACCUUCACCUGGUCCAGGCUCUUGGCCUCGGCGGCGAUGAUGUUUGACGCCUUGACGUACAGCUCUCCUUUUGGCAAGCCGAAGAAGUCCAUUACUCGGUUGGCCAGCUCGUACUGGGAGGGCGACUGGGGCAGGGUGGGCAUGUCUGUGGUGGUGGUGGUGGUGGCUGCUGGUGGUGUGUGUGGGGCGAGUGUGGAAGCUCCUCUGCUGCCCGUGCUGCCGCUGGAUGUCGUCAUCAGCUUGUCGCACACCUGUGGCGUCAUCGAUCCGGAGACAGACACAAAGGGAGCAGCUAUUUCCACGCACAUGCGUCUCUCUCCACUCAGUGGGUGGCUUGGCUGACCUCUGCCUGUACACUUCUCGGCCCGAAGAGGUUGAUGCGCGGCGGAAGGUUGGGCAGCGUCUCGCACACCUCCAUCUGAAGCUUCAGUGUACGCAAGCCCCUGACACCACCACACACAGACACAACACACAUACAGACAGACAAUCGACCAUUGAUUGCUUCGCAGGCGAAAUGCGGCAUGAUCACUCACCUGAGCACGUCGUUCUCGGUGAGCUGUUGGAUGGGGAUGUCGGAUGUGGCGUUGAAGUUGAUGCCGUGGCCGUCGGGGCUGCUGGCGCGUGGCGGCGCUGACGGCGCGCCCUCGACGCCCACACUCACACCUGCACCAGGGGGGCCGCCCAGCGGACGGGACCUGUGUGUGACAUAUAUACAAAGACACCAAUUGGGUGGAUGGAUGUCAACACGUGGGUGUUAAUGCGUUCGCUAUUGCAUCCCUACGCUCGUUCAUAGCUCCUCCUGAUGAGCUGCAGUGCGGCGCUGAGAUGCGAGAACGCAUUAUGGAGGUGGCCGAAACGAGCAUCCCUGACACACACACACACACACGAACACAUAUAUGAUCAAAUGGACCAUCCGGACUGGCCUUCUCAAGAUUCCUCUCACCAGCAUGUGGAUGUCAUGAAGAGCUGCACCGCCACGAUGGCCGCGUUGACAUAGUCCCUCGUGAACACCUGGUACCCAUACAGCAGCUCCAAUGCCUCCCUCUGCCGCAGAUACCCCUUCAGCGCUCGCAUCGUCCUCUCCAGCUUGGCCAUCAUCGGAUUCACAGCCUGACCAUACGCAUGAGAGGGCGGGGGAGCGGCCGACGCCAGCUCACCAGAGGGAAUGGGGGGCGCUUGUGAGAGGGGGCCUGGUUGAUGCAUGGUGCUGGUGGUGGUGGUGGUGGCGGUGGCCUGGCCUUCUGGCAGCACGAUGGCUCUCGAGGGGCCUGUGGGUGGUGGGCGUGCGAGCAGGUUGGAAAUGACGGUCUGAACCUCCAGCAUGCGGUUGUGGGCCAGCGCAUAGUGGGCCACUACGUCGAUGAACAGCUCGUCGGGCAGGUCCUGCAGGAAGACCAUCUGGAUGGCACGGUCCAGCUGCCCCUCUCGGAUGAGCAGGUCCAGCAGCGACGCAGCGUCGCCAUACUUCUUGUGGUACUCCAAUGCCUCAGUCAGCAGCCGGGGCGAGAGGCGGCACCGGACCAGCCGCGGCACACGGUUGCUGGGCACCACUGCGAACGGCAUCGCCCUGUCCUUGGAUGGAGCCAUGGUCUGUUUCCCUCCCCCUCCCCCGCCCCCUCCUCUCAUGACUCCGACGGCCACAUAGCUGACGUCUCGUGUCAGUUUGGGGUAGGUGAUGAGCUCCUCGCGGUGGGUCUGCCCAUCGCGGUCGACGUACAUGUACACCCAUCCCAGAGGGGCGGCGGGGGACGGACCCAUCAUUCCCAUCGUCAGGUCUCUCUCAGGGACAGCCGAUGCCUUCACGGGACUGCUGGGGCUGGCGGCCUUGCCGCUCUCGCCUUCGUCGUCGGCCGUCAUGGGCUUGGCGGCCGGUGAAAGUGUGGUGGGCCUCUCGAUCGGCACGACGCCGAGAGCUCUUGUCCGUCUGGUGGGCGAGCCUGGCGUGGCUGUCGUCGCCUGGAUGGUGAGGUUGUCUGAGGAUGCUGAUGGGGUAAGGCUCUUCUCGAGGGUGGGGGUCCGGGUGCCGAUUGGUGUCUUGGCGAGCGCCUCAGACGGCUGAGAUGACGAAUCCGCAACAGCAGCUGAAUGAACAAAACAGAACCACGUGUGUGUCUCAUGUUGAUCGGUCGCAUGAGCGGUGUGUCCAGCCGCACCUUGUGUCGAUUCCGCCGCUGAUGGUGUCUUAGUUUCCUCCUCGCCAGCCUGUGACGGCGCCACCUCCUCGCCCUCCCCCUCCACCUGCUCAGCCAUCUGCCGGUUCAGCAGCGACCGGAGCCUGGGCGGGAAACUGGGCAGCUUGCUGGGGUGCACUGACGGAUAGAGGUAGAUGAUCGUCCGCGGCAGCGACCGUGAAGCCGCGAUGGGCAAAGCCCUGUCCCGCAGAUCACGCCUCACGUCGACUCGGUCCAGUGUGUCCACCUCGACCUCCACCCCUUCCUCCUCCCCUGCAUGCUCACGCUCAUCAUCCCCUGUGGUCCAUUCCCCUUGCCCCUCCUGUGGUGGCCGGCGAGCGAAUGGGUGUGGGCAUGAUGGGUGUGACGGGCGCCUGGGGUACAGCUGCAGGGGCAGUGGGGCCAGCAGUGGGGUGCGGCCAAAGAGCUUGUGGUGGAGGGUGUUGAAGGUGAGGAGGCGGUGCAGCUGCCGCAGCGACCUGAGGUCGUAGAUGGGUGGGUGCCGGAUGGCCCACUCGAGAGACGUCAGCACAUCACACUCGGAAGGCCCUCCCUUUCGCCCAAGACGCCCUGACACGCUGCCAGACCCCAUGGAUGCGACCGAGGCGGCUGGGGGUGAACUGGGGCCUGGCGACAUCAGCCCUCCACCCUCCCCAUCGGUCGUCUCGUCGCCCGCAGUGCCCUCGGUGGUGGGGGGAUGCCGUUGGCUGGCUGGGGAUAGCACCGUGCCUUCAAGCUCCCUCUUGGCGUCAUCGGACCGCUGCAGCAUCAGCAGCCCUACCGCCUUGGCCUGCCGCACCGGGUCCUCGGACACGACAUGGCGGCCUCCACUUGAGGCCCAUUCGCCACCCUGUCUGCCCUUGUCCGCGACCUUGCCACGUCCACCCUGCGCCCCCGCACCACCCCCAUUAUUGUCAUCGUCUCGGUCCUUGCCCCUGCACCGCUGGCACAGCUCGAGGGAGAGUGCCAGGUGGUCCUCGCGGAUGAGCUGGUCGCGGACGAGUGACGCCUGCCGGGGGUCGGCCAGCUGCGCGAGGCCCACUCGCCGCCCGGCCCGCUGCCACAGGCGUGGGAUGAAGUCGAGCACUCGAAGAGACCGGUCCAUCUUGUAGGCCAUACCCGACACAACCACGAACUUGUGCCUGUGAUUAUAUAAGAGGGAGACGACAAGCAAGGGAUGGAUGCUUCUCGUAUAUAUAAGACAUUUGCUGCCUCUCUGUGUUGUGUGUUGUUAUUGACCUACCUGAGGAAGUUGAGCAGCCUCCGUAUCAUGUAAAGCACCACAGCCACUGACGUAGACGGCGACACCGGGGCACCUGCCGUCUCUUCCUCCCUCUCACGACCACCAUGACAACUGCCAGCCCCCACCGCCAUCGACACGCCGCCAGGGGUGCCGAUCUUUCGCCCCCCACCACCGCACAUGUCCAGAUAUCGCCCAUACAGCGACCGCCCCCCCGCCGACGUAUUCACCGUCGUGUGGCAAUGCAGCGGCGACGCAGACGCAGGCUGAGGGGGGUGACUUGGUGACGGUGAUGCCACGCCCGGGUGCACAGGGUGUCGCGGCACCAGUCGAUGGACACACAGCGACAGCUCGUCGCAGAUCUGGAAGCAGCUGUCGGCGUUCUGCGACCUCUCCGAUGAGCAGAGGUCGAGGAUGCUCUCUGCCAGGGCGGCCGAGGGGGCGUCCUCGAAGACAUGAAUGCGACGCAGGUGGGCAUCGGAUGCGCCGUCGCCCGUCAGGCACCACUGCCCGCCGAGGCCUCCUUCACCUUCAUCCGAACCACCAUGAUGCACAGACGCGGGACUGCUUGCGGCAGCCGCGGCGGGUGACACAACCGUGUCAUCGUCGUCAUGCGUCGGCGUGUCGGCUGUGUGUGGCUCUGGUGGGAGUCCGAGCGCCUUGCGGCCGUAUCUGAGUAUGAGGCUGUCCUGACGGAACUCGGGGAAAUCCUCGAGGAAGGGACGCAGCAGAUCCACACUGAUGGAGCAGAGAGAGACCGACACACAGAGACAGCACGACAGAUGAGUACAUAUGUCAGGGAGGGUGGCUGUGGGUGUGUUGGGUACCGUGCGUUCAUGAGCAGGGACUCGACGAUGAGCAGGGGUCUGUCGAGUAGACUGAGGAAGUGGGGCCGCACCGUAUCCGACACCUUGCCCAGCAGCUGCAUCGACGCGUUCAGCACCUGCAGCUGACGAACCUGAUUCACACACAGUAGGUUGCAACGGUGACACCCACACCCAUUCCUUGUCUGUCCAGCAGUCACUCCUUCCCUUCACCUGUUCCUUGGUGAGCCAUGCAUUGAGUUUGGACAGCAGCAGCCGGCAGAGGAGGAUCCGGUGCUGAAUACGGUCUAGGGAAUGCAGCAUCUGGAACACGAACGACACGGCCAGCUGGGGCGAAAACGACAGGAGACGCUUCACCUGCAUGAGCCCACAAGCAGCCAGCCAGCCACAGCCGUCAGUGACAAAAGAGAGAGGGAGAUGAGAGGUACUUACUGCACUGCACUUACGGCGGCUGUUUUGUCGUUGAGUGUGGUGAAUAGGUGCAGGAGAUACGACAGCUCCAACGAGGGAAUCGGAUCAGUCAAACGAUACAUCUGCACACACAAUACACACACAAUACCAACCCAAAUCUCGCUCAGCUUAGUGCGUUGUCACGUUCACGCCGAUACGUACCUUGGUGAGUGCCCUGGCGAGGUCGUGUUGUUUGAGGUCCACCAACGUGUUGAUGACCUCACCUAUGCCACGCGCAUCACCCACCAGCCCACCCAGGGGCGACGACGACGACACGGACACUGCUGUGGUGGGCGUCACAGGCACCUCACCAGUGGCAGACCCUCUCUCGUCAGCCCCACAGCCGCCCCCGCACUCCCUCUCUAUCUCUUGCCACACGCGCCACCGCCCCCCGGGCACGUCGAGGAUCUUCUUGAAGGUCACCAUCUUCUUCAGGAUCUGCCGCACUUGCUUGCGGAGACUCUUGCCGGCCACAGGCGCUGACGGCCCUCCGUCGUCGGGCGACACGGGCGACACAGAUGACGGGUGGUCCUCUGCUGGUGAGGGGGACAGCUGCUGUGCGUCGGGGGAAGUGUCGGAUUUGCCUGUGGUCGUGGCGGUGCGGUCGUCAGCAUCGAGGCUUUGGAGGCACAUGGUGAGGGUCUGGAUGGCCGUGUCGGCAUCCCACUCACGAUACCUGACCAAACCAAAGGCAGACCAAAAGCCGUGCAUACAUGCCUCUUGAGUGCUCUCGAGUCGAGACAUUCAUUUUCUCACUUGGUGAGAGCCAGUCUGGCGGCGAGCGUCUUGUCCUUGAGGCGGUACAACGACUCGAACACGCGAAGGUCGUCCUCCAUGGACCCCACUCCACCACCAGCGCAACCGUUGCCCGGCGCCUCCUGCUGCACCAGCAUCGAGUGGAGGGUGCGGUCGCUCAGCGGGCUGUGCAGCGGCAGGUGCUCGUCGAUGAUGCGCAGGGCGUGCUGGUACUGCGGCGGGGUCUGGCUGAGGAGGCUCAGCACCCUCUCGGUGUAGCAGGACACCAGGGAGGCCUCGGCGUCGUCAGCCACCGCACGCAGGGCCGCCUGAAGGCAUACACCACACACGCACAGAUGCUGUCUGUACACUCAUCCUUCGUGUGUGCAAGUGUGUUACCCUACCCGCUGUGGUUGUGCGAGGGUCUGCAGCUCCGCCACGCUGAACGAGAGGGAAUCAGAGGAAUCAUCAGCAGUUUCGUCCUGCGUUGCUCGCGCCGUCUCACAGAUGGCCCGCCAUGCUUCGUUGCGCUCCUCGAUCCACCUGCCAGACAGACAGCCCCACAUAGCAGGCAGCGACAGACAGACAGAAGAUCCUCUUCCUGUUCCCCCUCGGCAAGUCCUGGUCAGCUGACCGAUAGAUGCAUGGGAAGACUUUGCUCUGCUCCUGUGCGAAAGUCAGGAAAUCCCUCGACGGCCACCGAUGGUUCCACCUCUCCAGACAGGCGAUGGUGGCCAGGAGUGGGGCCGAGGGCACCUUGACGUCGGGCAGCGGCCCCUCCAACUCACCCAGGUACAGCACCAGCUCCAUCGACAAUGGGUACCGCGACGCAUCGCCGCCACCACUGUCGGCGUCUGACGCGCUGCCCUCGUCGCUGGCCGAUCCAUGGGCGGCACUGUCGGUGUCGGCGGGCGAUGUGGGCAACAGCUGCUGCUGCUGGUGGGAGGGUGUGGGUGUCUGGUAGAGCAGCGAGAGGGGCAGGGAAGACUUGAGGAUAACCUCCACCAGAUCGACGCCCAUGACGUCCGCCAGCUGCAGGGCCUCGCGGUGACCGUGAAGCUCGAACAGCACACGAGCCACGGUGGCCUGCAGACACCAACAAAGGGAAUGGAGUGUGCUCGAUGCGAUGUGAUGCGAUGCUGGCAUUCUUUCGCUUGGUGUGUGCUGUGUUCUGUUGGCACCUUACCUUAGGUGUUUUGGCGAGUACAGAGAAGUAGUCGAGCCACUCUUCGCUCUGCAUGGCCGACCCCAGGACACUCAACGUGCCCCCACUGACACCAACACCACCAUCCCUACUAGAGCUGGCCGCAGCUGACGCAGCGCCAGCUGCUGCCCCACCGCCCUCACCCUCCAUCUCCCCUUUAGCCUCAUUCGCCUCCUCGGUCGCAGUUGCGGCAUCGCCCGACUUUCCGCGGGCCAUGCUGGCCUGGGAUGCAGACCUCAGCCACUCGGCCACCUUGGUGAGGUACUCGAGGAAGCCCAGGAGAUACCUCGGGCCGCUCUCGCCCCUCCUCUCCUGGUCGAAGGCAUUGUCCGCCUGCUGGGAGAUCUCCACUGCGUCACCCCCACCCGGCUGACCACCCCCAUCCGGGGACUCAUCUGGUCGCUCGCUGGCGAGUGUUUUGAUGGCGGAUGAGAGGAAGUCCAUGAGCGACCGGUGGGAGGCCGACGUGUGGCCCUUCUUGAGGAGAUCAACCGACUCCACCAGCGACAGCAGUGCGUUGCGCUGGGACUGCACCCGGCUGAGGUGAGUCCGCAGGAGGGCCGGCUCGGUAGGGAGGGUCUCGACGUCGAGCAUGAGGGCGGCCAGGCCGCUCGUGGUGGCCGUCUCUGCCUUGCUGCCGGAUGUGUGGUCGAAUCGCCCCUUGGCCUCGAGCAAGACCGACAAUCUGUCGAUGAGGUUGGUGAAGAAGGCAUAGAGGCCGUCGGGGAGGGGGGCUGUGGUCGGUGUGGGAGAGGGGGAUGACUGCUGGCUGCGACUGCGGUGGGCGGAGAGGUAGGCCGAGGCGCACUUGAGCAGCGUCAUCGACAAAUCUGACACACAGACAGACAGACAGACACACAGACAGACACACAGACAGACAGACAGGCCCGCGUAACAAUGAAUAGCAGGACACGGGUAGGUAUCGUGUGUUCGGCUCAGUGCAGUGACCUGACCUGCGUUGGCUGCGGCCGACACGGCCAGGUCGACACAGGCGUAGAAUGCGAGGAGGCUCGCAUUCCCGCUCAACACCAUAUCAUCGAGGCCGUCUCGCUCGCACACUCCCAGUAUCUCAUCGAUGCCCCUCUUCACACCACCAAAGUCCAAGUCACCACCGCUGCCGCCGUCGCCCUCGUCUCGAACAGCAGCUGUCUUGAGUGCGGCCACGCGGCCCCUCAAAGCGGCAAAUCGCUCGGCGAUCGUCACUGUGGAUCGGCACACGGCGGGGAGGCCGAAGUAAUCGACCAGCUGCAUGCUCAGCACGUAAUCGUUGAUCUUGAGGGCCCGGUUGAGCAGCACCGAUGGCUCGGCGAGCAUCCUGGGAAUGAAGCUCGACGGCGCCAGCGAUAUGGGCACCUCAGGCGGCGUGCAGAACCGCAUGAAUGGGUGGGGGGGCUGGGACUGCAUGCCGCCACGAACCACCACACGCUCGCGGCCAGACGGGCGCUGCGCAGACUCAUCGCUUCCCUCCGACGCCCCGUCGUGCGCCUUGGCUCCCGUGGUGACACCGUGCCACCUGGCCUCCAUGUGGGUCUCGAAGAGCACGGCGCCCACCCUCGGUGCCCACUGUCUCCACUCGCCGCUGCCCAGACCCAUCCAUGACAUCUCGUCCAAUACACCUACAGCGCCCUCGAUCAACGAGGAAUCGGGCGGGCGCGGCGAGGUGGGUGUCAAGGGCGAUGGCGCCGCCAAGUGGUCUGUGGCUCUGGGUGCUUCGAUGCCUGCGUGUGGUUGGGGCGGCGAUGUUGGCCCUUUGCCGCUCCCGCCGCUGCCCUGUGAGCCAGCUGCCGAUGUGAUACUGUCGGCACUGAUGAGGCUGAGGUCGCCAUGGGAGGGGUGGGCGAGAGCGGAGAAGGCGAAGUAGUCCUUGAGACAGAUGAAGGCACGCCACAAGGCCUCCUGUGAGCGGCACACACAGACCGACAGACAAAGCACAUUUAUUGUCGGAUGUAUGUGGUUUGAUGGAUCUUCUUCCCCUUGAUUGGUUUGCUCACUUGAAUGAACACACGCAGCUGUGUCAUGAUGCGCUGCAGCCGCCCCGGACCGUCUCCCCCACGGCCGCCACUCCUCUGCUCAGCCGACACCAACUGCAGCACGUGCACCCUGAUACAGCCAUGACACACGCACCCUCAGAAAAGAAGAUGAGAUGGAACGGACAAUAGUCAGACAGGCCGUCCAGCUCACCUGACGAGCGUCAUGAUCGAGAUCACCACGUUGGGCGGCACCAGAAAGUCGCGAGCUCCAGUCGGCCCUGCUGCCCCCGAUCCUCUCAUGUGUCGUUUGCGGGCCACGCACAGGGAGCACAGAUGCAGCAGGAGCGAGAGCUUGAACGGCGUGCGAUUCAGCGACGAUAGCAGCCGGUGCAGUUCGCCCAGCGACUCCUCUAUCACAACUCUAGACGGGCUGGCGGACAUGCACCUCUCCACCAGCGCGAUGGCACACCGCAGCGCAUAGUAGGUCUUGGCGAGGUCGAGGUCAUACGAGUGCUCCAGCCUGGCCCGCGGCUGCCUUAGCGGGGGCAGGUUGUCCAGCGCAGAGAUGAGCCGUGACGAACUGACGGCGGGGAGCAGCGUCUGCAUCACAGCGAGGAUGGACUGAGCCGUCACCUGCUGCAAGACGUCAGCAGCAAUGCCGGGCAGCGACGAGGCCGUCGUGAUGCGGAAGGGGUCUCCUCCCUUGUCCGAUGGCGUCUCCCCCGCUCCCGCCCCUGCUGCCGACACGCCUCUCUGCUGUGACACCAGCCGGGAUAUCCACCAAGUGGCGGCGACUUGGUAGUCGAGCACCUCCACGUGAUGGUCCACCAGCAGGUCCCCCGUCUUGAGUGGCGCCUCUGUCGUGUCGGCGCAGUAGGACUUCCACAGCACGUCCAGCAAAGUCUGUCGGGCGGCGACGUCGCCGUGGAACUCGGGCCAGCAUAGCAGGAUGACGAGGGGCUUGAGCUGCGGGAAGGGCGCCAGCAGACAGGCGCUGGCCUGGAAGUGACGCUUCUUGAUGAACCGCACUGCCGUCGUCACCGCAUACCUCCAGCGACACAGACACAGACACAGACAUACACACAGACACAGAGUGAAGCAACCAACCAUGUGUCUGUGUCUGCAUCGAUGGCGGGGCGGGCCGGAUGGCUUGGCUUACUCAAGGCAGUGUUGGUGUGCCACCCUGGUGAACUCGAAGUACGCGUCCCAGAAGGGGCAGGACGGCUCCUCAAACGAUAUCGACCCCGAACCAGGAAUGUACACGUGCAAACCGCCACCAACACCAACACCAACACCCGCACUGCCUCCUGCAGUGGGCCCUCCCGUGCCGCUCGUGACGCUCGCUCGUGUGCUGGUGGGCGUCGUGGUGUGCGAAGGGGGGCCAUGCGGGAGAGGCGCAUGGGAUCCCUCACUGGUGGGAGAUGCCGCUGAUGCCUUGGAGCGGCCGUCACUCGCUGCCCCAUGUUGUUGUUGGUGAGGGCGUAACGGCACGGCAGCACCAGCAGUGGGUGUGGCCCGAUUGAGGAGUUCGAAUGCGGGUGGCAGUGGUGACUGCGCUGCCUGCAGCUUGAGAAACUCAUCCUCGAGGACACAGUAGAGCCGCAGACCGGUGUAGUUGUGCAGCGGGUCCUCAUGCGCAAACAGCGCCUCAUAGACACGCGUGCGAUAGCUGAAGCUCCGAUCCGACGGCACCCACCUGGCCGUGCCUUCUUCAUCGGACGACACACUGGUGGCAUCGCCACCAGCAUUGGCCCCAUCCAGCUCCAUCUCGGCCGCCUCGGUCGCCGCGUCCGUGUCUGCAUCGCUGACGGCCCCGUCGCGGCCGCCCCGUUUGGGCCGCAUGACCAUCAUGCGGUGGAAGAACUUGGAGAACAGACGGGAGGCGGUGCGGGGGAGGGAGAUGGUGCCGGGGUGGGGGUGGUGGGCCAGGGGCAGAGGGGAGGACUCGAAGGGGUCGGGCGCCUCGAGGGCGUUGUGCUCGUGCAGAGGGGGGUGGGGGUGGUGAGGGUGGGGAUGACCCCCCAUUGCCACCUUGGCAUCCAUCCAACCACUGUACGUACAGACAGACAGUCCGACACACACAGGAGGAAUGGAAUCAUUCAGGCAUCGCAUGACAUGGAUGCGAUGCGUCUGGGUUUCUCCUUCCGUGCUCACCCACCCUGUCCGCGUGGAAAUGGGAGACCUCGACGUGUGGAAUAUAUUCGAGAUGAGCGCACACGCCGCACUGGUGUCCAUACCGCCAUAAGCGCCAGGGGCGACCAUCCCGAGCCUCUCCUCGUCCCAACCACUGGCAUCAUACGGCCCCUGAUAGCUACUCUGCAGGGGCGGAGUGCCUCUCACCAGCACUGGCGACGGCAUCGGGGCGGCCGGCGACGCCGGAUAAGGAGGGCUGGACAAGGGGGCUGAUAGAGGCAGCGCCACCAACGAUGCCAGUCUGCUGCGCAAGGCUGGCGCCGAGCUGACCCCACACAGAGUGGAGGGGUCGCUGUGAGCCACCACCAGGAUGGAGAACAGCUCAUACACCGGCGCCCAGCCGCCCGCCUUGCUAGUGCCGUUAUCAGCCGGGGGGUAGGACAGGGUGGGUCUCUCCACUUGCCGUGCCGUGCUGCUGAGCGAUGAGGGCGGGAUCAAGUUGGUCACUGGCGGUGGGGGAGGCGGGGUGUGUGUGGGCCCACCAUUCUGGGGCACCAAAUGGAGAGCAGCACUAGAGAUGUCCAGGAAGCGCAAGUAUGCCCAGGCGUCGUCCCGAGUCAGCGCGUGAUGCAGCAACGAGUCAGCCGUCAAUCCCAUGUACAUGAGUUGCACUCGUCCAGCCAUCAACAGGGCAGGGGCGCUCCUCCCAAGGCCGAAUGGGAAGCCACUUGUUGCGUCGCCGGGCGCCGAUAGCCCUGUCCGCUCAGGUACUGCGCGCAUACUUGCGGGGGGAUAUGGGGGAGGUCGCGGACGGGGUGGUGGGGGCGGGGGCUGGCGGCGACCAGAGUCGAUCGAGCUGUCAUCAGUAGACUUGAGAACACUUGUUCGCGACGGGGGCAGCUCAAAGGCUGCCCCAGACGUCAGAUGCUGAAGCGAGGGCCCGGCCGUCCCAUCUCCAUCUCUGGGCGAGACCCGCACUGGCGGUGGCAUCGAUGGCUCGUCCCUUCCCGCAUCCACACCACCGUCACCCUCAGCAGCAAUCUCCUCUCCCACAGCCGCCGAUGGCGACACAGUCUUGCCCCGCCGUUGCUCAGAGGCUGCAGGUGGAGAGGGGGGGACCACCUCACAAAACGAUGACGGCGCCAUAGCGCUGCAGAGAGCAUGGCCGAGGUGCGGUUGUGUCUUGAGGAGCGAGUAGAGCUGCUGGAUAGCGCUCUUAGACAGCAACACCUCUCCGUUUCUGAAUCGCCUCGCCUGCUUGGUGCGCUCCAACGUCUGCAGAGGGAAGCGGGAGAUGGUGGGCGGCAGCAGGGCCGGCAGCGGCAAGAGCGACACCGCGGGCAGCGUGACGACGCGCGGCAUGGCCAGAGGGUCCCCUUCAGCCACUGUCCCCACAGCCAGGUCCCGCUCCGCUUGGAAGCACAGCAGCGACGCGUGAUACGCCCGCAGCUCACACACCACCUCAGCCGUCACCACCUGCGCCUGAAUGGCCGCAGCAUCCAGCACCGUCUGCGCCAGCAGCACGUCGAACUGCACGCGGUCGUGUAGCCAGCCGGGCACCUUGGCCUUGCUGCCACCGGCUCUUUCUCGUCUGGCCGAGGUCUUCCUCUGACGCUGCUCCACGAGGCUGCUGAACUCGAUCAGACACAGCCAUGAUAGAUGGGCCGAUGAGGGCACCGACACCGAGCUGAGCCAAUUGGGCGGAGGGCCGUGCCACACAAUGCUCUUCAGCACCGUCAGUGCCUUGCUGAGAUCCCGCGCGGCCACCUGGUGCAGGAGGGCACGUGCGAGUUCGAAUUGGCCAACCGACAGAUAGUUGCAUAGCACAGUGAAGAGGCGGCUGUCGUCAUGCUCGAGCAGGAACCUGCACCGGCUGCCCUCGAAGCCGCUCAUCAGAUCAAGCGAGGCACGAUGGUGCCUCAACGACGCCGUUGACUCAUUUGAAAUGAGUGCUUCUACAGAUGCUCGUGUGCACGGAAGCCUUCCUCGCUCCGCGUGCCAUUUGUUCGUCGUUU